GUGAACUCGCUGACAAAUACCGACAGCUUCAUACGUCGUCAUUUAAAUUUUGAUUCAUAAAUCAUUCAUUUUGAUCUCAAAUCUCAGAGUAUUACCUUGUCUAAACUUGUUAAAUACGCAUACGGCUGUAUUUUACUUCAAUAAUAUUGAAUUUAUUGAAAUACAAUCAAAAUGUCUAAUGUGAUUUAUUAUGAAAAUUGUAUGAUAGUCAACAAUGAGUGCACGGACGUGUCUGAAUUGAAGCACAAUAUUUCGACACAUUAUGGUAUACCUGUGUGUGAUCUAUUCGCUACAUUGAACGGGAAACUUGUGUCCGAUGAUCUUAAGUUGGGCAACAGUGAGAAUGUAGUCAGAGUGUGGUCAAGGAUCGUCGGUGGGAAGGGAGGUUUUGGAUCGAUGUUACGUGCCAUCGGCGCUCAAAUUGAGAAAACUACGAAUCGUGAGGCAUGCCGAGACCUGUCUGGAAGGCGUUUACGCGAUAUUAACGAAGAAAAGCGGCUAAGAAAGUGGUUGGAAGGCCAGGAAGAUCGUGAGCGCGAGGCGUCUGAGAGAAAGCAGAAAAAGUUAGAACGGUUGAUUUCGGAGCCGAAGGUUUCCGUGAACUUGAACCCUCAAUAUGAGAAGGAGAGGCAGGAAUUGCCUGAGCGUGUUAGUGCUGCGGUCGAUGCUGGUUGGCAAGCCGCAGGGACGUCAAACGAAGGUGUUAAACGAAAAGCGGAAGUUGAACAGAGUAAGGGGAAGAAAAAGGCCAAAUUAUGGAUUGAUGCGGAGUUGUCAGACUGUUCCUCUAUAAGCGAGGAUGAGGAAGAGGAAGUCAAAUCUUACACAGCUCUGACUGUGUCUACAGAUAGUGGCAACGAGUCGGAUAGGUGUUCUGGGAGUAGUAAAAUAUAGUGAUGUUUUUUAUGUUCCAUGUCCAGUUUAUUUCCACCAGUCAAUUGUACCUAUCUGGUGCAGCUGUAAGAAACAAAAAUUGAAUACACUCUCAAUAUGUUGUUAUCUUAAGUAGUAGUCUAGUACAAACAGUAAUACCAUUAGUGAGUUGAACAACGCAAGUGUGCUGAUGCUUAUGUAAAAAUAUCUGUGCCUCAGAGAGCAUGUAAGUCAAUCUGAUCUACAUUGUAACCACUAAGGAGUUAAUAAUCAUUGACACUCACUAUUGUAAGCACCAAAUCCAGCUGAUAUAGACAAUGAUUUGUUUAUAAUGUUCAUUAAUGACAACAAAAUAGUUAAUUGAGACACCAAUAGCUCAGUGGUUUAUAAGUUGGUUGAAAUCAGAAAGGUGGUUUCAAAUAGGAUUUUGAAAUACCCGCUCCCAGAACAAGUUUUGAGCUUAGGUAGAGGGGAAAGGAGAAUAAUAGUUAAGUAACUAAGCUUAGAUUUGAAAAAAUGGGAUAAGCAGAUAAUAUGUCUUGACCAAUACAAAUUUGCUUGUACCUACUCUAUAAAUACUAUUCAUUUAGUGUGUUCAAAGAUUAUUUGUUACACGAGUUUAGCUUUGCAGUCUUACAAAAAACUGAGUUCUAAAAUGUGUAAAGCUGCAUUAUAUGAACACACUAUAAAUUGUCAAUCAUGAGUUCCAAUCUUUAUUAAUUUAUUUUUAUUUGUUUUCUGAUUAACUUUCUUAGAAGUUUUAAGAUAAUAUUUAAGGUUUCACUUCAAUCAUCCUAAAAUAAAAGUAUUUUUGUAGGCUAGAUUAAUAUCAGUCACAAAUAACCUUAACUGUAGAUAACAAACCCUUGUCUAAAAGCCCAGCUUUAAAAUGGAGCUGUCCAUUUUGUGUAAAAGGUUUUGUCUUGUGGAACACUAGUAGCGUCUGUGGUGUAGCCCAAUAUUGAAUGAGCAAUGGAAAAUAAUUUUAUUCAAUAUCCCUUUGUCUGAACUCUCUAUAUUUUUGGGUGCAUUAACUGAUUCUUUACAUAAGUCUGAAGUUAAAAUGAUACAAAUUCUUUCAUGAUAUUAGAAUAUGUAAUAUGUUAUUGUGUUUAUCAAGUUAAAAAUUUAAAACAAUCCAGAUAUGCAAGAGUUCUGUUGAAUUCAGACUUGACUGGGUAUUUUUUCUAGUAAGAGGUGUCAUUUACCUGGUUGACUAUGGAUAAAACUUACAGAUUAGAGUUGAGGUGUUUGUAAUACUGAUUUAAAAAUAAGUAGAAGAGAUCUCUUUGAACUCCUUGUAACAUAUGUUUUCUCAAAAUGAAAUGGAAUGAUAAUGAUAAAUAAUUAAGUACACUUACAGUUUUAGUACUUGUACUGGCUCUCGCAUAUCGCGGGUUGGCAGAAAUGUAUUUUUAAAACAAUGUAUGAAUCAAUAUGAAUAAAAUAUUAAUAUUUAAA